AUGGCUUCACGAGAGCGAUCACCCCCUUCAACUGCAUCUACCACCACAAUUGCGGCCUCCAAACGACAGCUCUUCUGGUAUCCCCGAGGCUCCCGACAAAGCCGUUACGCGCGUCCCGCCUCUCUGGCACCCUCCAUCGGCCGCCAACUUGGCUGGCUCUGGACCACGCUCGCCUUCGUCUCCCUGCUCGUUUCUCAACCCGCCUACAGUGCCCCUUCCGCACACCAACCGCGCCGACUCGCCCAGGCCGCCCUCCGAUACAGCCUGGCCACGCUAGUGUGGUUACCUAGCCACACAAUGUGGGCAUGGUGUUGUAUGCUCGUGCUUGCGACGUCGAUGCUGGUUUUUGAGGCUGUCGGGGCAAUGAGGGCCGUUUCUGCGGGGGCGGAGGGUGAUAAGAAGGUGGAUGGGGAGGUUGAUGGUCAGAGUGAGGGUGAGAAGGUUCAAGUUCAGAGUGAGGAUGAGCAGGGGAAUUGGAUGCGGACUUGGUCUUUACGGUUGGUUGGGGCUGUUGUGGGUUUGGGAUGGUGGAUGCUGUUCAUGACCUCGAUUUGGUUCCACACGUGGUUGGAAAAGUGGUCUGGGCUGCUGAUUGCUCUUGGGACGGUCUACGUUGUAUACGUCUUGCGUUGAAUGUGCCGGCUGGAGGGAUAUCGUUGGAAUUCCUGGACGUAUACAGAACGACGAUAGGUAUGCAUGCUAGACU